ACUCCUGGACAGGUGGAUUUCUUUGCCUAGGGAGUUACUGAGAUUGAGGCCUGUCUGAGCUCUGGGCUCCUAAUCUACGGGGAAAGCCGCUCUGCCCAGGCUCAGGAGCACCAUUUCCUUUAUCUUUGGCCGCUCUUGUUCACUGUUGCUUCCCUUACUCUGGGGCCAAAGCCCAGGCCUGAAAACAAGGCAGGGUCCAGAAUCCAGUUACAAGGGAGGAGAUUCUGACUAAACCUUUUGAAGGCCAGACCAGAAGGGGCUCCCUUGGAGGUGGUGGACUCCCCUUCCUGGGGGGCUUUUAAGCAGAGGUUGGGUGGCCAUCCCUGCAUGCUUGUGGAGAUUCCUGCUUUGCAGUGGGUUGGUCUGGAUGACCCUCCGGGUCCCUUCCACCUGUACAGUUCUUUGAUCUACAGGGGUUGUGUCAAGAGGUUCCACAGCUCCCGGCCCUGUGUGUUCCAGGGGGUCCGUGAACCCCCCUCGUGUCACGCGAUGGAAAGAGAUUUCUCUAAGGAGUCAGGUCCCCCUUUUCUUUCUUUUUCUCAGCUUCCAGUGACCUUUGAGGACGUGGCCGUCUAUUUCUCCCCAGAGGAGUGGCCCCUGCUGACGGACUGGCAGAGGGACCUCUAUUACGAUGUCAUGCAGGGCAACUUUGAGCUGGUGGCUUCACUGGGAGCUGUUCCUCCCAGACCGGAGCUUCUGUCCCGGAUUGAGCGAGGGGAAGAGCCCGGCAUUGUGGGUCGCCCUGGGCAAGGGUGCAGAGACUCCCAGGGGAGUGCCAGUUCCGGAGAGUCGAGCAUGAGCUGGCAGGCGAUGAAAGAGGAGCCGAGAGGGGAGUGGAACCCGCCUGCCUCCCCUCCCUGGUCCCUCUCGGGACCCCAGUUCCUUGCCCUCCAAGAGCUGUGUCCCACGUGGUGCCAGGUGGAGCUGACGAACAUCCGGAGCCUUGCCCAAGAGGGGCCUCUGGAGACGGGCGCGCUGCAGGAGCCCCAGCUGCUGAUCUGUGGCGACUGUGGGAGGAGCUUUGAGGACGGGGGCUCCCUGGCGGACCACCAGGCCACCCACGAGGAGCAGAAAGGCCCCUUCGCCUGCUCUUCCUGCGGGAAACUCUUCCUCUACCGCCUCAACCUCCUGACCCACAAGAAGCACCGGGCGAAGGCUCAGCUUGCCUGCGCCCCCUGCGGCCUCCACUUCUGCCUCAAGGGGGACCUCCUGCGCCACCGGGCCAGCCACGCGGCCAAGGAACUCUACCCUUGCGGCACUUGUGGCGAGGUCUUCCAGCGCAAGGCCCACCUGCUGGCCCACGAGGCAGUGGAGCAUGCUGGAAGGGCAGGCUGCAACUGCCCCGAGUGCGGGGAGGCUGUGGGUGGGGAGGCGGAGCUCGCGCAGCACCUGGCGGCGCACCACGAGGAGCGCCGCCCCUUCGCCUGCGCCUUGUGCCCAGAGACCUUCAGCUGGAAGGAGGGCCUGCGGCUGCACCAGCGGGCGCACGCCCAGGAGGGGGGCCACCGCUGCCCAGACUGCGGGAAGAGCUUCAGCCGCCGCGGGAACCUCCUGACCCACCAGCGCCUGCACACCGGGGAGCUGCCCUUCCCCUGCUCCGAGUGCGGGCGGGCUUUCCCCACCAACGUCGCCCUUGUGGCUCACAGCAAGAUGCACCUCCGGGGCAAGACUUUCGCCUGCCAGCAGUGCGGCGGCUGCUUCCGCUCGCGGGAGAAGCUCCUCCAGCACCAGAGCCACCACAACGGGCGGCUGGAGGAGGACGGGGUCAAGGAGGAGGGAGAGGCGUAAUGCCCCAGUUCUGCCUGUAGGUGGAGCAAGUCA